AUGAUUCAGCAGUUUCGUCUGUCGGCCUCAUGGCAAGCGACCACGACGUGGGAGCAGGCAGUUGUUGAAAACGUGGAAGGAAACAAGUACCAGAUAUCGACGGAGGGGGACCUGGUCAUCGACCGCGUCGACAUGGCCGACGCGAGGCGCAAGUACCGCUGCAUCACGCGCAACGUUCUCGUCGGCGAGACCGUGUCCGGCUCCAGCUGGGCGCAGCUGCUUGUUACCGACACGUCCAACUACCUGCCUCCUCGGAUCCGCAGACUGAAGCAGACGGUGAAACUGUCUGCCGGCGACCCGCUUCGACUGGCGUGCGUGGCGCAGGGAUACCCGGCGCCCACCUACCGCUGGUACCGAAAGAAGGACUCGCUCACCAUCCCGCUGGGCUCCAGCAGUGGAAGCGGUGGCAGGAUACGCGUAUACCGGGGCUUCCUGUUCGUCCAGUCCACCAUGCGCCAGGACGCCGGUACUUUCGUGUGUGUCGCCAACAACACGGCCGGAGAAGAUCGCGCCCUCUUCGAAGUCAUCGUGACCAUGCCUCUGAAGGUGACUGUGAGUCCGAGCAGCGUGCUGACUCGCGAGGGCCGCACCGUGGUGUUCAACUGCUCGGUACGUGGCUUUCCCGUGUCUGCGGUCACGUGGCUGCGCAACCAACAGCCCGUCAUGCCCGGGGGACGCGUACGGGUCGUGGACCAGACCGAGCUGCACGUGAGCGCAGUGCAGAGGUCGGACCGCGGCAUGUACCAGUGCGUCGCCUACGGACACGAGAGCUCGGCCCAGGGGGCCGCUCAGCUCGCGCUUGAAGAAAACCCGCCCGACUUCCUGGAGGCCUUCCAGGACCAGCUGCUCAAGCCCGGCUCGCCCGUGUCGCUCAAGUGCUCCGUGACGGGAAACCCGCUGCCGCAGAUCUCGUGGUUCCGCUACGGCCGCCUCCUGGUCGACCGGGCGGGUCUGCGCAUCGGUGACUUUGUGGACGCCUCCGGCGUGGUCACCAGCUUCGUCAACGUGUCGGCCGUGGCCACCGAGCACGGUGGCGUCUACACCUGCCGCGCCGAGAACGAGCUCGCCUCGGCCGAACACACGGCGCGUCUGUCGGUGUACGGGCCGCCGUUCGUGCACCGCAUGGACAACGCGACGCACGUGAGCGGGGCCGACGUGCGCCUGCAGUGCGCCUCCUCCGGAUACCCCAUCUCGCAGGUGGUCUGGAAGAAAGACAACGAGAAGCUGCGGCCUUCGUCGAGAAUCCUGGCCAGCGACAAUGGCACUUUGCACAUCGUUCACGUGACCCAAAGUGACCAAGGCUGGUACGAGUGCGCCGUCAGCAACCGCAGGGGAAAUACGGCCGUCGGGUCCAUGUACCUCAGGGUCAUUGCUAGGCCUGUGAUCAAUCCAUUCCUGUUCAUGAAGGAUGUCCAAGAAGGCAUGCGGACCACCGUGGUAUGCAGCGUCCUGUCCGGCGAGUCGCCCAUGGACAUCGACUGGCUCAAGGACGGUGCCCCUUUAAGCGACAUCCACCCGGAAGCCAAGAUCACACGGCUGGGUGACUACGCCUCGUCACUCACUAUGGACAACGUGACGAGGAGGCAUUCGGGAAACUACAGCUGCAAGGCCACUUCGGGGAUAGCAACGGCCAACUACACGGCGAGGAUGGACGUUAGCGCGUCGCCGAGAUGGAUGAAGCAGCCGAGUGAUCAAUCCUCCACCAGGGGACAGCGCACGGUGUUCGAUUGCGAGGCCGACGGGAACCCUCUGCCCGUGCACCGCUGGAAAGUGGCCUACGGCAAGAGGAACGAGAAGGUGUCCGAGUUCAGGAGCGUCGUGAGCAGCCCGCACAUGCACGUGUUGGAGAACGGAUCCCUGGUCAUAUCCGAGGUGACGCUCGACGACCAGGGUCACUACCUCUGCGAAGCGAGCAACGGGGUCGGGCCGGCCCUGUCGGUCGUCGCUUAUCUCGACGUCAACGUUCCUCCGUACUUCAACGAGGAGUUCGAGACGAAGACAGUUCGCUCCAAGGACGACGUCACCAUCUCCUGCGAGGUGUUCGGGGAAACUCCGCUCACGGUCACCUGGUCCAAGGAUAGAAAACCUUUCGGAGACCUCGCUCUACCACGGUUUGUUCUUCAAGAGGACACCACGGCUGAAGGAAUAGUUUCGAAGGUUUUCAUUCCGUCCGUGAGUCGCGAAGACUCUGGGGUGUUUGCCUGUGAAGCUACCAACUCCUACGGAAAGAAGGAUCGCACGAUUCAACUCAUUGUUCAAGGUACUCCAGAGACUCCAAGGGACAUUCACAUAGACCAAGUCACAAGCCGAUCCGUAACUCUCUAUUGGACGCAGCCGCACACGGGCAACAGUCCCAUCUUAGGGUACACAAUCCUCUACGUGCCUGAAACUGACAAGGUGACAUCGGCGCCCAUGAGCAUGCGCACCGGGACACCUAGCAACCGCGCCACACUCACUGGCCUCACUCCCGGGACGCCCUACAUUCUUCGAAUUGUGGCUGAAAACGCAGUCGGAAAAUCCGGUCCCAGCGAGGAAGUGCGGGUUUCCACCGACGAAGAAGCCCCGUCCGGUUCACCGUACGAGAUCAGAGUCACGGCAACGAGCUCGAAGACUAUCCACGUGCGGUGGAAGCCGCCGCUGCAGGCGACUUACCACGGAAAGCUGAAGGGCUUUCACGUGGGCUACAGACCGAUAAACACGAGGGAGACGUUCCAGUUUCAAACGGUCAAGCUCGACGACAGCGAACACGGCGCGGGCGCCGAGAAGAAAGAGCAGGAGUACGAGAUUCGCGGCCUGCGGAGGCACACCCAGUACGCCGUGGUAGUGCAGGCCUUCAACAACAAGGGUGCGGGCCCGUUGUCCGAAGAGGCCACGGUUCAGACGCUCGAAUUCGAUCCCCCUCCGGCGCCCCAGCUGUUCGUUACCUCGAAGUCGUCCUCUACGCUCGAACUGGAAUGGAAGUUUGCCGAAGCAAGCGAAACACCUAUUACAGGAUAUGUGGUGCAUUACAAGAGCGAGUACGGGGAGUGGCAAGAGACGCAGGUGAACUCCAAGCUGAGCAAGCACCUGCUGACAAACCUGAUCUGCGGCAACCACUACCAGAUCACCAUCACCGCCUUCAACUCGGCGGGGAGGGGAGCACCAAGUGAAACUGUCAGCGCCGAGACCACAGGAAGAGGCCCGGUCCCACCUCAGGACAAGAACCAGAAUGUCGUUGCGGCCAACUCGACGUGCAUUUCUGUGAACCUGGACGGCUGGAGCGACGGCGGCUGCCCCAUCACCUUCUUCGUGCUCCAGUACAAGCCGUACAUGCAGCAGGACUGGAUCCUGCUCUCCAACAACAUCCAGAUGGCGCAGUCGCCCGUCACGCUGCCCGACCUAGCGCCCGGCACGUGGUACGACAUCAUGGUGUCCGCGUACAACGACGCCGGUGCCACUGAAGUCGAGUACCGCAUCGCCACGCUCACUCUCAGCGGAGCGACGGUGGCACCCCUGGCGGCUCAGUCCCAGGAGAGCGGUGGGUCCCUGUUUCGCGACCCAGCCGUGCUGGUGCCCGUGGCGUGCGCAGUGGUCGUGGUGCUCGUCAUCUGCCUGGUCGUGGGCGUCGUGCUAGUGCUGCGCAGGCGCGAGAACGUCUACGACACGUGCCACACGCAGCACAUAUAUUCGAGCGAGUCGGUGCGCAAGACGGACAGCAUGUCCAUGUCGGCCUACACCAAGGACAAGCAGCACUUCUGCGACUCGUCCGGCGACGAAGGCGCCGCGCAGCGCGAGCCGCUCUACUACCCGUCACCAUACGCCACCACGCAAGUCUCGGCGGCCGCGUCGUCGGCGCUGGUCGCCGGAGAGAUGUCGUCGUGCGCGUCACCCGGACGUCGACUGGCGUCAGCAGGCGGCGGCGACUUCGGCAGCGGCGGCGGCACGCUGCAGCGGACGCGCUACGGCGGCAACAGGACGCACCUGUACGACGUGCCGCUCAGGCCCAAACAGAGUGAAGACUAUACAGCUUAUGCAAGGCUCUGGAUGCAACCGCUUCCCACAGGGGCGUUCAGUUUAGAUCAAGAUGGAGAAACGGACUUGUACGCAGAAGCCCAAGAAAAUUCAGCAAGCCAGACGUGCUGA